UCCAUGAGAGACUCAAGUUUUCUGAGUCAGGGCUCAGAGUUUCUCCAGCCAAAUCAAUCAAAGUCCUUCACGCACAGGAGCUUUAAAAACCGCGAUUUCAACAGUCUUACACACUGUGGAAUUAAUAAUAUGAUAUAAACUGGAUGCAUCGGUAUCCUCUACAUAUCAGUGUGUCUUUUAAACUGAUCGUCUCUGUCUGAGCUAAGGAACAUCAUCUGGACAUUAUUCACCGGGACUGUAUAGAAUAACAGACUGCCAUCAUGAGGUCCCUGCUGCUCGUCUGUGUGUUUGUGCUGCCUCUGCAAACACUCGCGCUGCCGCUGCGCAACAGAUCGAGUUUUCCCAGCAGACCCGGGAAGCUUCCAGAAACACGGGGUGGUAAUGCCAUGGAAACCAUCACCAUUCCUUCAAUAGCUUCGAGUGCCGGGGCAAGAGAGCGCCGUGCGGUCUGGAGGGCCCUCCUGCAUAAAGGACCCCCGGCGAAACAGACCAACACACUGGCCAAUCAAAACAGGGAACAUUUCCGGGAACGUCGCCAUGUCCUCAGAGGGUCACGAGGUCACCCGCAGGGUCAGCUGAUGCGUGUGGGAUGCAUCCUCGGCACAUGCCAGGUACAAAACCUCAGCCACCGUCUCUAUCAGCUGAAAAGCCAAAGCGGACGGCAAGACGCGCCAAUCAAUCCCAGAAGUCCACAUAGUUACGGAUAAGACUAUGAAUGAACACACAUUAAAAAUCUAUCCAAAAAUGUGACUACUGAAGACCACCGACACCAGCGGGCAACCAAUCAACGAUUUACAGGCGUCCUGUCAUGAGAAAUCGAAUACUCUUGAUCUUUUGAAAUAAAAGAGUCAUUCAAUGUGCUUACUGCAACUUUAAGAACUCUAAACUUCUUUCCCUAAACAAACAUUUAUUGAACUCGUUCUGAACUUCUGCAACUUUGACCAUUUAACAUUAACAUACAGUAUGAUCGCCAACAUUAACCUGCAAGCUUCUAUUUAAAUGUUUAGAAACUUGGCCUGGCUUUUCAUAUGGAGUAGUAUAUUACUCCUAAACACCAGAGGAAAUAACGAG